CAGGACGUCCCGCUCUGACCUGCAGAACCAACAGGAACCAAUAGGAACCAACCUGACCCAAUACGAGGUCGUUUAGAAAGCGAGGCAACCUGCCCGGCUCUGACCAGCCAUGUCUAAAUGACGCAAAGCAGUUGCAACGACAUCAGACAAGCAUGGAAGUGAAACCGGAUCGAACCUUUUCCAUUUCCUUAUUUGCAGGCUUUGCUGCUGCUCACAUAGCGACGAUGUGAGGAAGGAGACAGUCUGACGGCACAAACCGAGACAAACACAAACCGACUUUCUUUGAAAUGCUGCAUGCAGCUGGAUCCUGCAUCCCGACAUGGGUCAUCCUUGUUUGCACCGUGACUGUGUGUCCGUAUUAUUGCGCCGCCUCCUUAAAGAAGGCUACCUGCAUCGUGCAAGAUGGCAGAGCAGACUGCAGCCACCUCAGCCUGAACUCAAUCCCUCAGGAUCUUCCCGGCGACAUCACUGUCCUGGACAUGUCUCACAACAGAAUGACAGCGGCUCCCCCAGACUCAUUCAAAAGAUACACGGGACUUUUGCACCUUAGCAUUAGCUACAACAGCAUCAAAACCCUGGAUGAGGGCCUGUGCAGGAGCCUCCCUCUGCUGCAGACCCUGAACUUGAUGCAUAAUGAAGUGCAUUUACUCCAAAAGGAGAAUUUCAAAUACUGCAGCAAACUAACAUGGCUGAAUAUGGCCAGCAACCGGUUAAAGCUGGAAGGAGAACCCUUCUCCUUGCUUCAGAACCUGAAAUAUCUUGACGUCUCCAUGAACAACCUGAACUCAGCCAGGCUUGGUUCACAGCCUCAGCUGCCCAGCUUGGAAACCUUACAACUCAAACACAAUAACUUCAACACUCUGAAAAGUGAAGAUUUUUCCUUCCUGAAGGAUUCACCCCUCCAUGUCAUCAACCUGAUGUCAUCUGUGUCCCUAGAAAAAUUGGAGCCUGGUUGCUUUAAGCCUAUUCCAGGCCUGCGUAUGUUAUCCCUCGAUGGUAGCAGUAAGGGCUUCAGAUUCAUAUCUGACCUCUGUUCAGAGCUGUCUGACACAGCGAUCAGUGUCAUGUCUCUGAGGAACAUCGGGCUGAAGAAUCUGACAAGAAAAACCUUCUCAGGUUUGAAGAAAACAAACCUAACUCUUCUGGAUCUGUCUGGCAACAGCAUCGAGAUAAUUGAAGAUGAAUCCUUUCAGUGGCUGUCUGAACUUCAGACUCUUAACUUGACUGGCAACAGCAUUAAGCACCUGAAACAAAGAACUUUUCUAGGCUUAAAAAUGUUAAAAAACCUACAGCUGACUAAAGCGCUGGUGAAAAGUCAGAGACACUCUCCCCCUGUUAUUGAGGAUUUAACAUUUCAACCGCUAAGCAACCUUGAGACCCUGGUGUUACAAAACACUCCAUUUGUCAACAUCACAAAGAAUACUUUCACAGGUCUGAUGAGUCUCACAGAUCUUGACUUGAGCUGGAGCAAUUCUAUAUUCUCAAGCAAAAAACUCUCCAGUGAGUUCUUCGUCUCUCUUGCCGAUUCACCCCUGAGAAAGUUAAACCUAAUAGGAAAUGCUUUGGUGGGAAUUGAAGCCGGGAGCUUCUCCUGUCUGAAAAGCCUCUCCACGCUUCUUCUUGAUCGUAAUUAUAUUUGUCAAACAUUCAGCGGUAAAGAAUUUGAAGGUCUCACUCAGUUACAAGAGCUUCGCAUAAGCAAUAACGUCCAGAAAAUUAAUCUGACCGCUGAGGCAUUCGCCAGUGUCACUGAUCUUAGAGUGCUGAUGCUGGGAAAGAGUCUGCAAGCCGAAACCUUGAACCAGGACUCCUCUCCGUUUCGGCCUUUGUCCAACCUCACUGUAUUGGAUCUCAGCAACAACAACAUUGCGAACAUCAGAGAGAAUUUGUUAGAGGGGCUUGAGAACCUCCGGGUCCUGAAGCUCCAACAUAACAACUUAGUCAGGUUGUGGAAGAAGGCAAACCCUGGUGGGCCUGUCCUGUUUCUCAAACACACCCCGAGGCUGCUAAGCUUUGAGAUGGAUUUCAAUGGAAUGGAUGAGAUUCCAAGAGAAGCUUUCAGGAAUUUAAGUCAACUCAGGGAGCUUAGCUUUAGCAACAAUCUUUUGAACAAUUUACGGGACUCUGUGUUAGAUGACCUUACGUCCCUUAAGGUUUUACGUCUGGAGAAGAAUUUUAUCACCUCUGUCAGGCCAGAGGUGUUCAGAACUCCCAUGAGCAACCUCAGUGUCCUUGUCAUGGGAAAAAACCCGUUCGACUGUACCUGCGAGAGCAUCCUUUGGUUUGUCACGUGGUUGAACAAAACUAAUGCUAGCGUGCCAGGUCUCAGAGAUCAGUACAUGUGCAACACCCCGAUACUUUACUUCAAUCACUCCAUCAUGGACUUUGACCAACUUUCUUGCAAAGACAUGACCCCAUUCCAGGCCUUUUAUGUGCUGAACAGCACAGCUGUUUUAAUGCUGAUUCUCACUGCUCUUAUUUACCGAUUCCACGGCUGGAGGAUCCUGUUCUACUGGAACAUAUUGAUCAAUCGCACAUUAGGGUUUAGUGACGCCAAAGUGGAGGAAGGCAGAGAGUUUGAGUACGACGCUUAUGUCAUACACGCUGAGGAAGACGCCCGCUGGGUGGAGAGACGACUGGUUCCUUUGGAGAACGAAACCUGCAAGUUUUGCUUGGAGGAUCGAGAUUCUGUUAUCGGCAUGUUCCAGGCUGGCUCCAUCGUGAAUAACAUGAGAAAAUCUAGAAAAAUCUUGUUUGUGGUGACCGAGCGUCUUCUCAAUGAUCCCUGGUGUAGACGAUUUAAAGCCCACCAUGCACUUCAACAAGUCAUCGAAGCCAGCAGAGACUCGGUCGUACUGAUUUUUCUGCAGGAUGUGCACGACUACAAGCUAUCUCGCUCACUUUUCCUCCGCAGAGGCAUGCUGCGUCAAAGAUGCGUCCUCAACUGGCCUGCACAGAAGGAAAGGAUCCCAGCCUUCAACCAGAAGCUUCUCAUUGCUCUGGGAAUGACUAACCGACUGGAGGAGUGAUUGUUUCCCAGGUGUUGACAAGCUUAGAUGCAAUUCUGGUUGCCUUUAUGCACUAUUUUCUGCUUUCUGCCGAGAUAUUCUGCUUGCACAAGAGCUGUUCAACCAAAGAGUAGAAUUUGUGAUGUACUUGAACAGUGAUGUAGAACUUGACCACAUAACAGAAUGAUGUCACAGAAUGUAUCAUCAUCCAAGCGAGGAGCAUAAUUAUGGCAAUGCAUGGGAGAAUGUUAAAAUGCAGCAGUGGUUACAACUACAGUGUUUCAGAGCCACAUCAAUCCAAAUGAUGCUUAAUUAUGUUUUCCAAAAAUUUGAUACAUUCAUAGUGGCCUACUUGCAGUUGUUAGCAGCUUUUCCCACAUCAUUCAGAUUAUAACUUUUUGGAGAGAAAUUACGGUGGCCUAUCAAAAGGAAGACCUGGUUUCUGUUACCGACAGGGCAAGAUAUUAUUUAAGUACUUGGGAUCAGUAUUGGAUAAAUGUUUUUAACAAAUUGUCUGGAAUCUAGCCCAGUGCUUGCUUGAUUAUGUAAAAAAUGAAAAAAUAAAAUAAAAUACUUCACUCAUCAUAUAGGAGAAAUUAUAGAGACUGACCUGACAUUAAAUUAUCAGACUGGAUGAAAAUUUAGAGUAAUGUUAAAGAAAGAAAAUGAAUCUCAUUUUAUCCUGGACUACUGUUAUCAUUGUCUCUGUUUUCUAACCCACAUUAUUAUGAUAACAUGUAAAUACUUAAAGUUUACGUCUAUUUUUCACAGCUUGCAACAAUACAAAUGCAUAACUUUGCAAUAAAAACAAAAUACACACACUGGUA